GAUGCGCCGUAGAUCAGCAAAUUGGCCAAUUGUACGAGUUGAUGCAAACGAUCCAGAAGCAAAACAGCGAGGACGCCGAAACUGAAGAGGCUGAUGUCGUGGUACCACUUGACGACUCGAAGAAGCCUGGUCAAUGAUCUGGUGGUGAAUACUCCUGGCACUUCACGCCUAGCAGACGAACGAUGAGCUUCACGAACGACAGCACGCGCACGAAUGAGGCUUCGCAUACUUCACAGAUUCCCCAAAAUGUACUAUAUAUGUUCAGCAAAUAACAAACUUCACAUCGACACCCCCGUCUACCUUGAUACACGCCUCUAUCGACCGACAGGUUGUCCUCGAUUCGUUUCUUCUACGCACCGUCGACAUUGUCGUAGUAUUCAAGAUGUGCGGUUGCACCCUCUACGACUCUCCCACAUGCGGACACUCCUGGCUCUCGAUGUCACAGCCCUGUGGCUUCCUCUCCGACCUCAUCAGCUGUCCGAAUCGCCAGACCUAUCAGACCCUCAUUGCACCCGCCUUCACUUGUCCACAGUGCAACGGCGGCUUUGCAGAUCGCGAGACGAUUGAAAUGGUGCAAGGACCGUGGGGUUGUAACCAGUUGAUCCGAGGUCAUCUUGGGGGCAGCCACGCCAUUCCUGGCUCGUGGGGAAAUGUUCCACGGGCAAGGAAUAGCUGGGACGGAGGUCUGGGCAUGAACACGGCUACAAGUAUGUCUCCGAGUAUGCCGUUGGUAUCCUCGAGUCGCGCAAUGGUGCCGGUUAACAGCUACGGGUACGAUCAUCGGCUCACCGGCCCCUACGGAACUAGUCCAGCGCUGCACGGUGGGUAUAAUUCCUUUCAUGACAGGAUGAUCAUGGACGACGACCUUUUGGAUGAUCUCGGUUAUGGCUACGACGGGCGAAGGCGAAGGCAUAAGAGCAGUUCGAGAUACGUCUAUCGGCACUCUUCAAAACCAGCGACCAACUGUGCGGUUAUGUAGCUACCAUGCUGGUGUAAAUUCAGUACGAGUGAAAUUAUUUGCUGAACAGUGCUUGCCCAUCUUCAUCUUCUGAAUGUCACUAGAACGAAU